AUGGGCUUAGAACAGCAUGGUUACAGAAAAAACAUGUCUACCACCGACCUGAUAUUCAGCAUACGAUCCUUGGUGGAAAAAUCAUGGGAGUUCAACAAACCAGCUUAUUUCACUUUCAUUGAUUUAAGCAAAGCUUUUGAAUCCAUACCUAGGGAAAUGCUGUGGAGAUUUAUGGAAGAAGAGUAUGGUAUUACUGGUCGUCUAGGAAGAGCUCUGAAAAGUAUGUACAACCCAUGCCUCUGCAAAGUCAGGACAGGUUUUGAAAACAAGAAAUGUUUCAAUAUAGAAACCGGUGUGAAACAGGGAAGCGUAGUAUCCCCAAUAUUAUUUAUUGCAUAUAUGGACAGCGUCAUUAGAAAUUUUAAAAUGAAACACAAUCCACCUAUCACAAGUCUCAUCAUGGCCUAUGCAGAUGACAUCUCGUACUACACAGACGAAAGAGAAGAUCUCGAGAGAGCAAUACAUCAUUGGAAUGAAUGUUUUAAAAGAGCAGGACAAACAUGUACCUCAGAAGACCAAGCAGAUCAUUUUGAUGCAGUCCUGUCACCUACCUUGAUGUAUGGUACAGAAGCAUGGGCAAUAACAACAACUGACUGGAGUUGGAUACAAGCCUCAGAAAUGAGACCCCUCAGGAUUAUUACCAAUAAGACCAGACUGGACAAAAUUAAAAAUGAGGAGAUCCGAAGGCAGGUUGGUAUGACGCCCAUUCGCAAUAAAAUUGAAGCAGCUCAGUUAAGAUGGCUUGGUCAUUUAGAGAGAAUGGACGAUAAUAGAGUAGCUAAGAGAUGCUGGAACUGGACACCGUGUGGGAAAAAACCAAGAGGACGACCGAGGAAACGAUGGAUAGACACAAUUAAAGAGACUUUAAAUAGGAAUAACAUGCCAACUUCCAAGAAUUAA